CUGUAUGCAAGGGCUAGACCUUCUUAUCCAGAAGAGGUAGUAGAGAAGGUUGUUAAGAGCCCCUCAUCGAACGAACCUUUGAACAUCGUCGAACUGGGCGCGGGUACGGGCAUCGCGACAAAGGUUAUCAUCGAGGCCUGCAGCGGUCCCUCGGCCCAUGCUCGUCUGGCCUCUUACACGGCUCUGGACGCUUCGUCAGCGAUGAUGGAGGCGUUGGAGCGAUCGCUCAUGCAAGCCCCCGACGGAUUGGUGCCCAGACUGAAACAAUCUGGCCUGCUUGGAGCCGAUGUCACAACAGACACGGGAGUGGCCACUUUCGAAGAUUUCAAUUCGGCGCAGCGCUUCACGGGCCAGGUGGACCUCAUCCUUAUCGCUCAAGCCUGGCAUUGGUGCCAGGACUGGGACAAGGCCCUAUGCAAUUUUGCAAAGGCUCUCAAGCCAGGAGGCACUUUGGCCCUGCUGUGGAAUCUUGAAGACAAGGAUGCUGCCCCAUGGGUUCGCAAUGCUCGAGAGGAGUUUGAAAAGUACGAGGGCGACUUUCCUCAAUAUCGUCACUUUGGCUGGCACGCCAUGUACAAGCAACCUGGGUUUGCGCAUUUCGAGGUGCUACCAGAAGUGCAUCUCACUCGCUCGCUUCCCACCACGAUCGAGGGCGUCUGCUCGCGUGUCCGGAGCAAGAGCUACAUUUCUGUCUUGCCCGACGACCAGUGGUCGCAAGUCGAAGCAAAAAUUAAGGCAUUUCUUCGUGCGCCCGAUGCCGGAAUUUCCUGGAUCGACGAAGACAAAGGCAUCUUUGAAUACCCCUACAAGACCGCUCUUCACCUUUUCAGACGA